GUGUUGUCCUAUCGCGUGCAGGAAUUUCAAGUUUUCAUAUAUCGCCACAAGAUAUGGAAGCCCUCCGGGAAAUGACGCCGUUCCUGAGCAAAUCCGCUCGACUGGACCUGAAAUCUGUAUCACUGACACAUGUUUUAGGACUUACCGGUUCAAAGGAUGGAAUUACGCUCAUCAGUCAGUGCCCGCAGUUACUGUCCAAUGUGGUUGAACUAACCGCAGACGAAUCCGAAUCCGUUCGAAAGGAUGCCGUCCUGACGCUGGUCAAUAUCUCCGCCGAACAGGAGGGGGCUGAAGCUUUGGUUAAAGAACUCGUCGGCGAAAUUGUACCCUUGAGUUACGCAGCAAUAUUGGACGAAAAUAACAAACUUGCCGAUCCAUGGAGCAUGGUUCUGUGCAACGUGAGCCGGCCGGAAGCGUUAGUGAAUGCCGUUUUGGAAGAGCUUCUCAAGAUUGAACAUGCGAUUGAAAAGCUGACGACAUGCCUCACUCGUAUCGGCUAUAACAAGCAGAAAGGCCAUUUGAACUACUUGGGUCCACUCUUCAGUAACCUCUCGCAGUGCAAACGAGGUCGGGAUAUUAUCUGCAACCAAAAAACUGACCUGCUCUCACGUAUUGUACCGUUUGUCCAUCACGAAGGAAGUAUAGUGCGUCGUGGGGGAGCUAUUGGAUUGCUUAAGAAUAUCUGCUUCGAUUCAACCGUCCACGAUUGGUUGCUGAGCGGUGAAGUGGAUGUUUUGCCGUACAUUCUACUGCCACUGGCAGGGCCAGAGGAAUUUGACGACGAUACAAACGAUAAACUGCCGGUUGAGUUGCAAUAUUUGGGACCGGAUAAGUCACGUGAGGAAGAUCCGGACAUCAGAAAAAUGCUUCUGGAAUCGUUGGCUCAGCUGUGCGCUACCCGGAAGGGACGGGAAUAUCUGAGGGACCGGGGCACAUACGAGGUCUUGCGGGAGUUACACAAGUUCGAGUGUAGUCCGGAGGGGGAGAAGCGGUUACUGGCGACAUGUGAAAAUGUUGUGGACAUACUAAUCAGGACUGAAGACGAAAUUGGCGAGGACAAUCUGAAGGCCUUGGAAAUUCCCGAGGACGUGAUAUCGAAAAUAGAGAAGAUGGAUGAUGGAAAUGAAUAAUAAACACUAGCUUAGAAGGGCGAACGAACAAA